UCCAGUUUAGCAGUUCUGAUCCUGUGCAGUGCUUUCAGUGUUCAAGUACAGCUGUAUGGGAGAUCGAUCAACUGCUGUUGGCGUUUGGUGCUGGUCUUGAAACGGCUGGUGUAGUAGUGGACGACAGCGGGAAAGAAAAAUGUCGAAGAACACAGGAGAAAACAAGUUUAGAACUGUCGAUGUUGAUGACUUCGACGAGGACAAAUUUCAUGAUGAUAAUGAUGGAACAGAUGGAGGAUCAGUGCAGCCUCAGAUCGAUGAGAUCAAGGGAUUCCUGCAGAAGGGACAGAACCAGGAUGCCCUGAAGGCUGCUCUUUCAAACCCUCCUCUGGCUGCUGAUAAAUCUUCCAAGGACAAGUACUUCCAACAAACACUUAACGUACUCACCGCCUUCCGUUCCAGUGAGCUCGACAAGGCCGUAGCAUCGCUCUCUGCCAUCGAAGUCGACGUCCUGAUGAAGUACCUGUACCGUGCAUUCAGCGAACCAACAGAAAAGAGCUGCGCGAUUAUUCUUCAAUGGCACGAAAAGGCGGUUGCUAUUGGUGGACUCGGUAGCAUCGUGCGAACUUUGACUGACAGAAAAACCGUGUAACUUCUAUUAACGCAAUUUUCAUGGCAUUGCUUUUGUUUUUACUUAUGUCCGUACCAUAUCUCCUGUGCAAUAAAGUCUGAAUUUCUGUAUCAUAUUUUUCUGAGUAAAAAUUAGCACGUGGGCUGUGUCCUGACAUAAAUCA